UGAAACUACAGCAGUUUAAACUUCCCGGGUUCCUCCAGCAUCCCUACAUUCAGCGCGAGUUCCUCCUCAUCCAGCUCGUGCUGUGAAUGGACGGCUGUCGUUCUUUUCCGGCUACACCUGCUCAACCCACCAGGAAGUGCUGGGCGAUAAAUCCUAAAGUAAUAAUCCCUUUUACCUGGAGCGAGAGGAGCGAACAAACAUUAUUAUGCAGUGUAUCCGGGGAAAGCCCUCCGAUUAGAUUCAUGUGAUCGACGCGCGCGAUUAAUGCAGGGUAAAAAACACACCGUCAACUCCCUGCAAGUUGGGGUUAUUGUUUUCCUGCGGUGUAGCGUUUAGUUUUUUUGCGGUCCAAACCUCCCUCCGGCAAUGGGAUGCUGUGAAAGCGCAGAGAGGACAAAAAGAGAAUGGAAACCUUUGGAGGACCGAAGCUGCACAGAUCUGCCAUGGUUCCUGUUAUUUACAUUGUUCCUUGUGGGAAUGUGUGGCAUCUGUGGGUUUACCAUCGCGACUGGAGGGGCGGCGCGGCUCGUCUUCGGAUAUGACAGCUAUGGGAACACAUGCGGCCAGCGCAAUGAGCCCAUCGAAGGGGUCCGGCUGAGCGGUCUCGACCAUCUUGACAGAAAAUUCGUCUUUUUCCUGGAUCCAUGCAACAUAGACAUCAUUCAGAGGAAGAUUAAGUCCUUGGCACUGUGCGUGUCACAAUGUCCCACCGAAGAACUGGCGACUUACUACGACCUCAAGAGGUUUGCCAUGAUGAAUGGGUCUGAGCUUUGUUCGUAUGAGUUACCUGGUCAUAAGUACCCACAACUUCCCGAGCGCUUUGAUAAGUGUCCCAAACUUCCAGUACCAGAGAGCAAAGCUCUUCCAGUGUUUAACCGCUGCACACCAGUGGAUAUCUCCUGCUAUGCUAAGUUUGCUGAAGCGGUGGUCACGUUUGUCAGUGAUAACAGCAUGUUAAACAGGCUGAUUGCCGGGGUGGCGGCCAGCAAAGAGAUCAUUGUUGGGCUGUGUCUGCUGGCGUUAGUUUUGUCUAUGAUUCUCAUGGUAAUCAUUCGCUACAUCUCUGCUGUCCUGGUUUGGAUCCUCACUGCACUGGUGGUUCUGGGUUCUUUGGGAGGCACCAGCGUUCUGUGGUGGUUAUAUAUAGACUACAGAAUGACGAUGAAUGAGAACAUGUCUAAGGAUCUGAGGGAAACAGAAGAACCCAAUGGUGGCAUGAAGACACCCAAAGAUCAUGCUCAAGGACUGCUCAUCUAUGCAGUUUCAGCGACUGUGUUCACUGGGAUUUUGUUGCUUCUGAUGUUGUUUAUGAGGAAGAGGGUUGCCCUGACCAUCGCCCUGUUUCACGUGGCAGGAAAAGUGUUUAUCCACCUGCCGCUGUUGGCACUGCAGCCCUUCUGCACCUUCCUCGCUCUUUCUAUGUUUUGGGUCUACUGGAUCAUGGUCCUCCUCUUUCUUGGCACUACUGGGAACCCGGAGAAGAAUGAGGAUACUGGCCUGGUUGAGUUCAGGCUCACAGGAGCGCUGCAGUACAUGACCUGGUACCACGCUGUGGGACUGAUCUGGAUCAGUGAGUUCAUCCUGGCCUGUCAGCAGAUGACCGUAGCCGGUGCUGUGGUAACCUACUAUUUCACAAGGGACAAAACCAAACUCCCGGUGACUCCUAUCCUGUCAUCAGUGCUGCGGCUGGUGCGGUAUCACCUGGGCACUGUGGCCAAGGGCUCCUUCAUCAUCACCCUUGUCAAGAUCCCACGCCUCAUUCUCAUGUACAUCCACAACCAACUCAAAGGCAAGGAAAAUGCGUGUGCACGCUGCAUGCUGAAGGCCUGUAUCUGCUGUCUGUGGUGUCUGGAGAAGUGCCUCAACUAUUUGAAUCAGAAUGCUUAUGCGGCGACGGCCAUAAACAGCACCAGUUUCUGCACCUCGGCCCGUGAUGCCUUCAUGAUCCUGGUGGAAAACGCUCUUAGGGUGGCAACCAUCAACACUGUUGGAGAUUUUGUUCUCUUCCUGGGCAAGAUCCUGAUCGUGACGUGCACGGCGUUCGCUGGGGUGUUAGCGCUGAACUAUCAAAGAGAUUACACCGAGUGGGUGCUGCCACUCAUCAUCGUGUGUCUGUUCGCAUUCCUGGUGGCACACUGCUUCCUGUCCAUCUUCGAAAUCGUAGUGGACGUGCUCUUCCUCUGCUUUGCCAUCGACACCAAAUACAACAAUGGCACACCUGGGAGGGAGUUCUACAUGGACAAGGCCCUGAUGGAGUUUGUGGAGAACAGCAGGAGAUCAAUGGCGAUGGAGGAGCGGGGGCGCAGCAAGCGUGCCCAUCCCAAGGAAGAGGUAGAGUUGACGGAGGUUAAGGCCAUGGUGAGUGGUGACGUGGGUGUGGCAGGGGCGGAGUGGCAGGACUUACAGGAGUUCCACCUGUACUACCUGCUGCUGUGUGUGCUGCUGGACUGGGCCCUGACGGAGCACAAUCUGGUGCUCUGCCUCACACAAGACAUGGUCAUCUUCCUGUCUGUCUGCCUGCCCACCUCCACCCUCUUCUUCUUGGUCACAUUGCUCCAGAACAUACCGGUUGCUGUUGCUGCAUGCUGACUACUGCUUCCUCACCUUCUUCUAUCAUUUCAUCCAUCUUUCUAUGCAUCACACUAACAGUGCAUGAGCAUCUGUUUUUUUUUUUUUUAUCUGUGGAUUAUUUUUUGGUUUUUUCAUCUUUUUUUCAUUCCAUUCUUGCCUCUUCUUUUUUUACUGACUGUCUUGAACUCAUAUGGCAGCUAUAAACUGUACUUACAUCCGUGGCCUUAAAAACACCAUGUUGCUCUUCGGAGGAAAGAUAAUUGAAACUGCACUUUUCAAGUUUUUGUACUAUUAUUAGACAUGUAGUUUUCCUGACACUAAUUGAGAGAUAUAUCUGCAAGAAAUAUGCCUAAAAUGUACACUUUUUUUUCUUAUAAAAUUGAUAAAUUUAACCCUAAACUCUUGAUGUUGAAGAAGUUCAUGGUUAUUUAAAAAUUCACAUUAUUUGUCAACUACCCAUAUGCUCUCUGUAUUCCUGAAAUCUGUUAUUAUAACUGUUGUUGGUGUGUUUUAUACAGGGGAGAGAAUUUGGUUUCAAGACAGCCUUUACCAUCCAUCAUAACACCCUCUCAAUAAGCAUGGGUGGUUUUCUCACACCUAGUUUUUGCAAUGCCAUUUUAACCCCUUUUUUCUUUAACCCCUUUGAUCUUUCCAUUCUGCUUCUUGAAAACUGAUGAAGUGGACUAACACCCCCAGAUCCAGAUCAGAUGAUUGGUUGUUGGUUUGUUUGAAAGUAAUAAGACUAAUGACAUGUUUUUUUCCCUGUAGGCUCCCGGGACAAGCUCUGCUUGACCAAAAUCAGCCCAUGGGACUUUUUAAAGACAUUCCAAAAUGUUUAUUUUUACCAAUGUGUAACAUGUUUACUAUGGUUUCACUCCAGGGAAUACAAUAUUUUAAUAAGAAAC